UUGGGUCACAUGACUGUUUAUGAAGACAUAAAAUGUAUUCUCUUUAAAAAAAAUCAUCUGAUCUUCAAGUCAAGUCAUUUUGAUAUCGAUCUAAAUUAUUGAAUACAAUUUUUCAAUUACUGUCAUAACGAUGUAAUCUACUGAUGUAGAAUUGAUUAUUGUUAUUCUGUACCUAGUCGUAGAGUAGACUGUAGAUUGUCACGCUGGCAGUAAAAGUAUAACACAAGUUACUAACUUGUAACUCAGUGACUGCGUGUAUCAUCAGUUUUAGUUAUAGUUAUAGUAUCACUCUUUCACUGUGUCACACUGUGUGUUAAAUCUAGACUUAAAGUAAAGAUCACAUUCUAGAUCUAGUUAAAAAAGACACUCACACAGACUAUUAUUUAAGAGUAGAAUUUCAUUCUUUUGAGUGUGGAUUAGCCUGAUUAGGAGUGAUUAGGAUCAUUAGAUUAAAAGAAAAGCUUAUUCAAAGUUAUUCUGAUAUUCAUCAGGAGAUAGACUGGUCAACUAAAAGUAUUAUAGUAUACUGAGCCAUGUAAAGAUUUAGUAAGCUACAUCUAGAUUCUAGAAAAUCUAUUUGUCUCACUGGAGAUCUAAAUCGUAUAAUUCAAUCAUAAUCAUUAAUACAUGAAUUAAGUCGCAAGAAGAGUGACAAUCAAAAUUACUAUAUGACUUAUUUUAAGACUUAAGUUUAGUAGAUUAUAGAACUAGUGAUUGUCACUUGUGAGACUGUUAUUCCACUACUGUGAUCAAGUUUAUUGUUAUUAACAUCAUUAGAAUCCCAUUCAUGAAAUAGCUUACGUUUUGAACAUUUUGAAAAUGGAAACAAGCAAGAGAGACACUGAAGACAAUCAAUCUUCCUCCACAAAGUCAGAUAGCUCAGGAACUAACAAUGAAAUUUCUAAUCAUUCAAGAAAGUUGCAGUGUACUAUAAAAUUUUCUUAUGGUGUUGGCCAUGUUCUCAAUGACCUUACAGCCUCAAUGUGGUUUAGUUAUCUUCUUGUGUUUUUACACCAGGUAAAUAAUUUCAACAACAUGCUUGCUGGUAAUCUUAUGCUGAUUGGUCAAGUCAGUGAUGCAUUGUUCACUCCAUUUAUUGGCUUUGAGUCUGAUCGUACUUCUGGGUUCUGGAAACUUGGAAGAAGGAAAUCAUGGCAUUUACUUGGUACUAUCUGUGUUAUGGCAAGUUUCCCAUUUUUGUUCUCUGAGUGUAUCACAUGUUCUCAUGCUCCAAAUAUUGCCCAGUUUGUUUACUAUGCACCUUUUGUGGUCAUAUUUCAAUUCGGAUGGGCUGCCACACAAAUAAGCCAUUUAUCUUUUUCCUCUGACAUUACUCCAUGUGCUCAUGAACGUGUUUCACUUCAAUCCAUUCGAAAUGUAUUCACAAUCUUAGCCAAUCUGUCAAUCUAUGGCAUCUUCUUUUUGUUGUUUUAUUUGGAAGGUGGUCAUGGUGUGAAUGAUGAUCUUUCUCAACAAGAUGCACCCAAAUUUCAGCAUCUUUCAUUAAUCAGUAUAGGAAUAGGUGUUUUAACAAAUAUAAUAUUUCACUUGGGCACAAAAGAGAAAGUAACAAAUAGAGAGAAUCAGACAAAUAGCAAUCCCAAUGAAAGCUCAAUAGAAAAGUCAGCAGUAAUGCAUUCCAAGAUGAACUGGAAAGAUUGGUUGAAACAAAAGCAGUUUUACCAGAUUGCUUUACUUUACAUGGCAACACGUCUUUAUAUAAAUGUAAGUCAAGUUUACUUCCCAAUGUAUGUUACAGAACCACUACAACUUACAAAAUCUUCUAUAGCAUUGUUACCUCUAGUUUCCUAUGUAUCAAGCUUUGUUAUGUCUAUGGUCUCUCCAUACCUCAACAGAUAUCUGGGAAGAAAGCCCAGUUUUGUAUUGGCUGCUGUCAUUGGACUGGGAUCCUGUACCUGGAUGUACUUCAUUGAAAAGAAAAGUGAUCAAGUUUAUGCUGCAGCCUGUCUGUUAGGUUUAGCAGGGUCCCUCCUGUUGAUUACUUCUCUGUCUAUGACCUCUGAUCUCAUUGCUAAUAAUACAGAAAGUGGUGCUUUUGUGUUUGGAGCAAUGAGUUUUACAGAUAAAUUAGCCAAUGGUGUUGCUGUAUUAUUAAUACAGUAUUUUCAUCCUUGUGAGGGAUGCUGUCCAGCUUGUGAGCCAUACUACAGAAAUGUACAGGUUUUUGUUCCAGGUGGAGCUCUAGUGAUAGCCUUGAUUGCUCUUUGUAGCUUAAUACCUCAGACUAUUGGACUUAGAGGACACACAGCAGUUGUUCAAGUAAUGGAGUCACCAGUUGGCACACAUGAAGAAGCUGGCUUUGAGCAGUGUUCAUGUGGUCAGUUUUAUCUUCCACCAAACUCAUGUUCUGCUUGUGGCUUCAUGCCUGGCUACAACAGACAAGAUUUAGCUAGGACAGUUGAUGACAGUGAUGAUGACUAUUAUGCACAAGAAAGAAAACCUUUAUUGACCAGAGCUAAUAUAAACACUCCCACAAGAGACUUAAAAGUUUUAUAAUAUUAAAUCUAUUGUAUUUUGUCUCAUUAUCAAAUAUAUUUUGUCUUAAACUUGGAUUAUAUUAUUUACAAUCUGUUUUUUGUUUUGUUACUUUAUAUAAUUGCCUCUUGAAUAAAAUAAAAGUGUAGAUAUAAUAAUUAUAUCUUUGAUAUGAUCUGAUACAUCACAAACAAAUUGUAAAUAUAGAUUAUUUUUAAAAGAUUGCAAUUUGUUUUUAUACUGAAAAACAAGAACACACACACAAAAAAAAAAGAAAAACAAAAAAGCCAUCUACUUAAAUGACCCCAUAAUUACGUAGGCCCACUAGUUUACUUAACUAUUUUCUCACAUCUUUUUUUUUUCUG